GUCAUCUGGCAAAGAGUUUCCCAAGUUGACUGUGUGAAGAAAUACUUCCAUUUCUUUGUUUUAAACCUGUUGCCUAUUAAAAAUAAAGUCAGAGGUUUUGGUUUCACUGGGGCUUGAACCCAGGGUUUUCUACAUGUAAAGCAGAUAGGCUAACCGCUACACCCUGCAUACUAUUGUAAUAAUCUUUGUACAAAAUAUGCCUUUUGAGGUAUCAUCAGAAAACUAACAACUCACUGGUCAAUAACAUUGUGAUGAAAUAUGUGUAGCACCAUUAUAGGUAAAGUUAUAAACAGAAGCUGAAAUUAGGUCUGAAAUGUGUUUUACCAGUCAUGUCUGAGUAAACCAGUUUUUCGGAGACAAGCUGAUGUCUCUAGCCAGGUGUCAUCAAAGCUGAUGACAAUCACCUGUCAAAUGACCAUUCUUUGGGAAGUAAGAGGGGCAGGGACAAACUGAUCUGCAUUUUAGCAAACAACAGCAUGGAACUUCUUUCACCUCCAGCCUCCUAGUCUACAUCCUCACAGCAGAAAUUAACUUUGUCUAGGGAUAAUCCUCAGGAAAAUGCAUUUCAAGGGAGGACUGGACUAUAAAGGCAGAAGCAAAAAAUAACCCUAGGUAUCACUUCCUAUGUAUCUCUCUUUUCUUUUUCACCUAAGACAACAAAGGAAACAGCCAUUUGACUCUGGGAGAGAUCCUGACCUGAAAUUUGGUCAGCCCUGUUGCUGGGGGCAUGAGAGCUAAUAACAGGAGUGAAUCAGCUUGGGGUGGUUCAUUGCAUCAUAAGUGGAACAUAAAGGAAAUGUCUGUAACAUGGUUGGAUGAGAAAAACCCAUUGCCUAUGAAGAGAAAUUAAAUUGAUGGACAGUCUGUACUAGAGCCAUGGGAUGUGGCACUUCUGUGACUGGGAAUCGGGCAAAAAAGUCAGAGAGAGCAAUUAAAGCAGCUAUCCUCAUUCAGAGUUGGUAUCGGUGUUACAUGGCCCGGUUGGAGAUGAGACGACAAUAUGCUCUUAGCAUCUUUCAGUCAAUUGAAUAUGCUGAAGAACAAGCUCAGCUACAGCUGUCCAGUUUUUUUACAUUCAUGCUGGAUCACUUUACUCAUCUCAACGGGACUGAUACAGGUUCGGAUGUACAGUUACUAGAAUAUGAGCGGACGAUAGAGGUCCCAGACUCCUACCAUGGACCUCGGCUGUCAUUUCCCCUGACUGUUGCAGACACUAAUUCACUUCUUCAUGCUUUCAAGGAUCAACAGCACCUUCAUGCCCGCUACGUCCUACAGCUGCUACAUGAAACCAAGAAAGUCCUUAAACAGAUGCCCAACAUCAUUCAUCUGUCGACCUCCUACUCCAAGGAGAUAACGAUCUGUGGUGAUUUGCAUGGAAAACUGGAUGAUCUUUUGCUGAUAUUCUACAAGAACGGCCUGCCUUCAGAAGAAAAACCUUACCUUUUUAAUGGAGAUUUUGUGGAUCGGGGGAAAAAUUCCAUUGAAAUACUUAUUAUCCUGUUUGCCUUUCUUCUUGUCUACCCCAACCAUUUACACUUGAACAGAGGGAACCAUGAAGACCAUAUCAUGAAUCUGAGAUAUGGCUUCACAAAAGAAGUUAUGAAGAAGUACCGGUCCCAUGGCAAACAAAUUUUAAAUCUUCUGCAAGAUGUUUAUAGCUGGCUUCCCCUUGCCACUGUAAUUGACAGCAAAGUACUAAUUGUACAUGGAGGAAUAUCAGACACCACUGAUUUGGAUUUCCUGAAUUUAUUUAGGAGAAAUAAGAUGAAGUCUGUGCUAAGACCACCGAAAUCAAGCACAGAGAGAAACCAUGACCCGGAAAGAACUGACUUCGUAGAGUACUCUCCUAUAAUAAGAGUCAAGAGAUGCCUUCCUGGACAGGAUAUUGAUGUCAAAGGAAUGACCAGGCCUUCAUCAUCUAGCCAUAGAAGACGAUACACCGGUGAUCUAUUGGAUGUUGGGGAGCACAGGUGGCUGCUUCAUGAUGGUGCUAACUCUGGCCCGCUCCUAGAGGCACAGUAUCUAGAGUCCGGUGUUCACAUGCCGAGCGUGCCUUCAGAAUUAACAGCAAAGGAAUGGAAACAAGUGGCUGAUAUUCUUUGGAGUGAUCCAAAAAACCAAAAUGGCUGCACACCAAACAAAUUUCGAGGAGGUGGUUGCUACUUUGGGCCCGAUGUUACUGCCAGGCUGCUUAAACGGUAUAACCUGAAGAUGCUGAUCAGGUCUCAUGAAUGUAAACAAGAAGGUUAUGAGAUCAGUCAUGAUGGGCAGGUUAUCACUAUUUUUUCUGCCUCUAACUACUAUGAAGAUGGCAGCAACCGUGGUGCUUAUCUCAAACUGAAUCCUGAUUUGAUACCUCGCUUUGUGCAGUAUCAAGUCAGUAAAUGCACACGCAAACAGACUCUACACCAGAGGGUGAAUGUAGUUGAAUGGUCUGCAUUAAAGUCAUUACGAGAGAAACUUUACUCCCGGAGAUCAGAACUCAUUGCAGCUUUCAGACAGUACGACCCAAAUGACACAGGAAGAAUUUCUGCCACUGAAUGGGCCUCAGCAGUGGAAUCUGUUUUACAUCUGGAUCUCCCGUGGAGGACUCUGCGUUCUCGGUUGGUGCAGCUUGCUCCAGAUGGAAGUGUCGAGUAUCUUUCAUGUUUUAAUAAUUUAGAAAUAGAGCCAGCUAUAAAAGAGGUUCAACCAGGUUUGGUGGAAACCCUGUACAGAUACAGAACUGAUUUGGAGAUAAUCUUUAACAUCAUUGACAAAGAUCAUUCAGGUCUGAUCUCCAUUGACGAAUUUCGCCAGACAUGGAAGCUCUUCAAUUCUCAUCUCAAAAUCGACAUAGAUGAUGAAUCCAUUAACAACCUAGCCCGCAGCAUUGACUUCAACAAAGAUGGCAGCAUUGACUUCAAUGAAUUUUUAGAGGCCUUUCAUGUGGUUAAUAAAUUUGAAAACAAGUAGAACCAGUGAAGAAGCAGAAUUCAUUUCAGAAGUUCUUGUCAGGAGCUUGCAUGUUUGCUGGUGAUAUUAUGCUGCACUGAGAAACAUAAUGCCUGUCUGAGAAAGAAGGAACUGCUUGUUCUGAUAAGGCAGCAUGGUAAACAUAUGAGGUGGAGAACCAGAAGCAUUGUGCUGUUUGGGGAAGUCAUUGCUCAGCCACUUGUAAACUGUGGACAGUUGCUACACUGGAGGAUAUUAAUGAUGAGAGAGAGAGAGAGAAGAGGUGAAAAACUUCAACUGUCUUCUUAUGGGGUGGUUGCCUGAUGAUAGAGCAGGACAAGGCCAUAUUAGCAACUUGUUUGAUUCCAGUCCUUGUUUCUUUAUCACCUGACCAUUGGGAAUUUGAUCACUGCCCGUGUAGCUCCUUUAACCUUGUGGGAAGUUAAGGUGAACUUCUUUGUGUGGCUCAACAACAGUCCUCACAGAUGAGAAGAAUUGAUGUACUCUGAAGGAAGUCCUUUCUGGUCCUCCUUGAUUGAUCAGAUGGUGCUUCCAAUGAGGGAUCUGAUAGGGAAAAGUAGAGAGAUCCUUUGGACCAGCUAUUCCUAAGGUUGAAAACUGAGAGGAGAAACACUCAUCUACAGAAAUUAUUCUACAUUUAAACUAGUAUUUUGCAUGAUGCUAAUAAAUUAAUAAUUUCAGCGGACUACUACCUCUUUUACUAUUGUUUACAUACAUAGCCUAUUAUUUAAAGACAAAGUGUUUGCUAGUUACUGAUUCCCCCCCUGUGCUAGGAUAGUUAAUGAACAUUCUUUUGAAAAGCCUGCCCUUAUGGUUUUUUUUUCUGAAUAGGUCUCAUUAUGAUAAGAAUGGAGAUCUGUUAAGUUUAAACUCAAAAUACAUGUUACUGUCUUGAAUGGGCAUAAAUAUGUGAUCAAUAACAGAAUAAAAAUAUUAGCUUUCAAAGCAAUUAAAAAGGUGGUGGUAUAUUAUCCUGCCUCACUGGUCUUGGUCUUAUAUGGAUCAUAAUAGAACGUUGAUUUCCUCCAUAAAUAACUUGGGCAUUUUAUUAAAGAGGAAUUGACUAAGAAAAUGAUGGUAAUAAGGAAGCUUGGUGCCACUGUGCAUGAGAAGCUUCAACAUAGCAAAGAAAAAGUUCUUGGACUUGAACAUCAUAUGGAAUGGCUACAUGGAACUCGGCCGUACAAGGGGUUUAGAUUCCAAGAAAGCAAUGUGUGAGAUAUUAAGAAAAUUGCUGAGCUUGAUGCAGUGGGAGGAAGUAUCUAAAUUUAUGUGUGGAGCAAUACUGGAACAUUGUGUGCCAUCAUAAAUUGCAACAAAUGACACUUCCUCUGAAAGAGAAUGAAAGAAAGAAAGAAUAAUAGGUGGCCAGUGUCACUCUAGAAGGGACUGCUUAGUGAUAUUAGGGUUAACAGAAGAAGCAGUAUUUGUGUGUACAGAGAAUUAGCUUGCAAAAAAGCAGAAUCAACUAGUCUGAUAUAAAGGGGAUAAGUAGAGUAAUAAAGGCCUAUAGGUGAGCUUGUGAAGUAUUACUUUAACAACAAAAUGUUCUGGCCAUUGGGGCCUAAUCCCACUCUCACUGAAGUCUAAGAAUAUUUUUCCAUUGGAAGGAUCAGUCCCAGUUAGAAGCACUGAAGACUUUGUGUAAGUACUGCAUGCAAAGGUAUCAGUAAGAAGCAUGUGUGGAUGACACUCAUCUCAGGUUUGAAGGCAGUGAACUCAAUUAUUUUUCAAGCAUGGAGAACAAGGAAGGUACCCCAGGACUGGAAAAAAUAACUGUGGUUAUUUAAAUAACACUCAAAAACAGAACGGGAGGGAAAUGAUCUUCCAGAUAUCUUCCUUACUUUUCAGUUGUAAUUGAGGUAAAAUAUGCUUGUACUGUAGAUUUGCAUUUAUAUAUUUUGACUGUUUUAGGUGAUUUGACAAUUCAGACUUUGAAUUGUCUACUCACAUUAAUAAGCUAGUACUAUACUAGGCCUAAAACAGUACUUGUUAUCCAAGCAAAACUCCCAUUAUUUGUAAUGGGAAUUUUGCUUGAGACAGAAGUACAGGAUCUAGGUGUCUUCUUUUUCAUUGACUUCAACAAACUUCGUAUCAUGCCCAUAGUGUUUAGAUACUUUGGUGCUUCUGGCGGGGGUCAGAAAGGGGUUAAAAGCAGCCCAGGGAGGUUGCUUGGGUAGUCAGCCACAAGUGUGGUUGCACCCAAUUAUGGAACAGCUGGCCCUGAUAAAAGGGCAGGCUGAGAGAGUGGGAGAGACUCUUGCUCCAGCUGAGGAGUAGAGAGGACCAGGCUGCCUGGGAAAGCAAGCAGGAUACCUGAGGCAGAGCAGGGCUGGGGAAGAGCAGGCAGAGCUGAGGAGCUCUGGCCCGGUGAGUCCCCAGGUUGAGGCUUUGCUAAAGGCCAGGGGAGGUAUUAGGGCUGCAAGGAGGCAGCUGCGGUUAGAAAGGCAGCAGGUCCAACUCCCUUGCCAGUGAUGAGUGGCCAUUAUGGACUGCAGUUUGCCCCUGAGUGAAGGGGCUAGAGGAUGAAUGGCAGUAGCCACUGAGGCAAGAUGGGUAAAGGGGGUUGGGGUUCCCCUGGGAGGGGAGACCCAGAGUGUGGGGGCACUGCUGUGGGGCAGUACUCCAAGAUAAGGGGUACCAGGGUCCAGGAGGGAUGCAGGACCUGAAGUGCUACAAGUGGUCGAGAUUUACAGAAAGCAGGUACUGGUAGGAAGACGCCAGCCAGCAGGAGGUGCUCCGAAGCUGGAAUUGAGCUAAUUCCUGGACGACCAGCAGGAGGCGCUGUGCCAGUGAGUCGGCACUUUGCUACAGUGCUGAUCUAACUAUAGUAGAUACAUUGAGCUCUUUUCUUUUUUGAAACUGUUAAAAUUGACUACCUCCUGUCUCAAAAAUGCAAACUCACUUGUAAGAAAUAUAGGAAGGCGCAUUUUAUGGAAAAAAAGCCUUUAAAAUUAAAAAAAGUGACAAUCCCAAAUAGAAAUGUGUGGCUUUUAUUUUUCCCUCAUUUUCUUAUUCAAGGGGUGACCAAGAACAGCAGAAUUACUUUGACUAUUGUGUGUCUUUAGAAGAUUCUGCUUUAUAGAGAAUGAAGAUGUUUUUGAUAAUGCA